AUGUCAUUCCUUUCCCUGUUCACGUUCUUUCUAUUGUUCUUCCUACGAGCUACUGCGCAGAGCCUCAAUGUCUCGACCAUAGCAGUCCAAAACGGCACCUCCACGCUCGAAUGCUGGAGCCUCGAAUCUCCUACUUCCGGCAGAGGUGCCCAAAACUAUCCGCUCGGUGACUUCAGCAAUGCCUUUAUCGGUGCUAUCCCUCCACACACCUAUAUCGGUCAGGCAUGGGCUCCUUCACAUGANAGAUACUCAAUGGUAUUGCAAGGUCUUGUCCACCUGUCUUUGCCGACCAGCAAAGAUGAGAUUUACCUCCAACCCGGACCCUUGAGUAUCCUCCUUGUAAUCGAUCAACGCAACGUUUCGAUCUCUGGCCACAUCACCGACUUCCCAGGCUCUGAGACGACAUUGAUUGCACAGUUUCCCGUUGCUGGUAAUCAGGUGCCUGCUCAUACCGUAUUGCACAGUGGCCCCUGUGGUCUCGACGAUGUGAAAGGAUUGAUCGGUUGA